UUGUGCCAUUAGCAAUUUAACCAGCGACGGAAAAAGACGUGUGUGCGGACCGUGAAUAAGAAAAAAAACUACACGAAAUACUUAUAUUUCGAGUUUGUAAACAAAAAACCAAGCGGAAAUCUGUGUGCGAAAACCAAAACCGAGUAAAAAUUUGUCGACACAAACCAAAAGAAAAACACGUGUGUUAAUCUUGCCAUUAAAAAUGAACAAACAUAAAUUAAUUGCGAACGAUGACAAUGUAAUUUGAAUGUUUCGUCUGUCGGGCAACAUUUAGCAAAAUUCAAACAAACAAAUAAACAAAAAAAACAGCAACAACCACAACAGACAACGGUAGAUACAUUUUAUUGUUGUGUUUUUAUUUGCUAUAAGAAAGAGUUUUUUAAGCAUUCAGGAUCUCAACCUACGUCAACAAAACACGUUUUGAUAUUGUUUCAUCAAAUCGAAACAAUUUACAUAAGAUUUGAUUAGAAAUAAAUACGACAGACAGUCUACGACAAGUUGUUUGACAAACAUUAUCAAUCAGAGAAUGGCACAGAUUUUGGGUCUACAGAUUUUGUGUGUCGGCUUCCUUCUGCUAACUGGAGCUGGACGCGGAUGUGAGGGGGCAACAGCAACAGCAUCAGCAUCAGCCUCAGCAUCAUCAUCAUCAGCAGCAUUAUUGUCAGACUCUGAAUCAUAUCAUGACAAAUGCGCUGACUUCAAGUGCCCGGAAUUACCCGAAUGUCCCGACGACAGCGAGGCAAGCGACUUCUACGUGCUGACGGACUUUCAAUUCAGCCAUGACAGAGAGCGAGCCAAACGUGAUCUCCAAACCGAUCUCCAAGCCGAAUGCUGCUAUCAGCCACAGUGUCGUUGCAACAAAUGCCCCGAGCAGCCGCAAUGUGAAAACGAAGAAGUGCUCAUCGAACUGAGCGCAGCCAGCGGACAGCCCGGAAAUUGUUGUCCGCAAUUCGAAUGCGGCAAAGAGCCGCAAUGCGAAGCGGGCAACAAGAACCUGACCUACUGGCUAAACAGAUGCACCAAGUGCAACAGUUGUCAGGUGCCGCCCUGUCAGGAUGUCUGCUAUCAAGCGGAUCUGCCGCACAAUUGCAUGAGUCACGACAAACAGCUGAUGUACAAUGGAGACACUUGGCUGGAGGGUUGCAUCGAAUGCAAAUGCAUCGAUGGUGACAAACAGUGCAUUGCGCCCAAAGAUUGUCAGCUCUAUGACAGCGAUGUGCAGCUCGUGGAAAAGUCGACUUCGACUUCUAAGACACCGAUGACUAGCACGCCAAGCACAACAAUCAGUUUGACCACAGAAGCGGGAGUUGUGAAAGAGACCAGCUCAUCUGUUGAGAUGUCCCUGGAAGAGAUUGAACUGAAGACAAGCUCUGAACACCCAAUAGUUCAGCCUGAGCUGAAAUCAGGCGCUGAGGAGUCGAUAGAUAUGCCAGAGAUUGUGGAAACUGAGUCAGAACUGAAGCAGCCAACUGUGGAGACCGAACUGAAGUCAUCUGUGGAAACUGCGCCAAAGUCCGAGACUGUGGGAACACAGCUAAACACAGACAUUGUAAAGCUAGAGCUCUUGGCUGGGAGCACAAUCACUUCCAACAGCAGCACAAAUGAUGACUUGGAUGAGACCACAACGCCAGCGAUGGAGAGCGAGAAUACAGACGAGCUGCCGCUGGACAACACAGAGACACCGCUGUCUGAGGAGAAAGACACAGAUGCCAAAGACCUCAACAUAGCUUCGACAGCGGACUUUUCGAGCUCGACAAGCAGUACUCUUCAACAGGAGAUAGAGACUGAGGACAGCAUAGAAGAAAGCACAGAAACUGCGUUGGACAAUUUGGAACUGGACAGCACUUUGAGCACUACUGAAUCAACGUUUGCCUCUGCAGCCUCCUCAUCUGCACCUGACUCCACCACGAACGCUUCGUCCUCUGCUGCCUCCUCAGCUUUACCGGACUCCACGACUAAAACUUCCUCAACUGCAGCUUCCUCAGCUUCACCGGACUCCACGACCAACUCUUCUUCCUCUGCAGCAUCCUCAGCUUCACCGGACUCCACGACCAACUCUUCUUCUUCUGUAGCCUCCUCAGCUUCACUGGAGUCCAACACCAGCACCGCAUCUUCACCGUCGACUCUAACUACCGAAAGUCCAGCUGCGUUGGCAACCUCAUCGCCAGCACCGCUGACACCGGAAUCUACCAGCUUUCAUCGGGACGCAGACAUCCUCGAUGCCGACUAUCGUCUGGCCAGCGCCAGUCCCAAUGAUGCCGGCAAGCAUCCAACGAAUCUGCACAAUCUAUUGAAAUUCAUACUGUUCAUCUUCGUCGUUCUCAUCGCCUGCAUUGUGCUGAUGGCAUUCAUUUACAUUUAUCUGCGACGCCGCAAAUCGAUGUACUCGAAGGUGGUCCAAUCGGACUCCAAUCUGAGCGAGAAUACACACACAUCUGAUCUAGUGCUGGACAUUGACACUGAUGAUACCGAUUUGCCACAGAAGCAACAGCUGAAGGAAUUUGUGGAAUAGACAUUUAGAUCGCUGUUUCUCACUCAGCGGAGUAUUUUGAGGAGCUAAGCUAAACAACAACAAACAAAAAAAAAAUAUUAUACAUAUAUCUAUAAUUAUUUAUUAUUAUUUUGUAUUAUAUAACGACAAUUAAUUAAGCUUUGUGAUAAUGUGGCAACAAGAAAACAAAACAAAAAAUGAAAA